GCCCGUUUCUCAUAGCAACAUAUCCACAAUGGCGUAUCUUGCCUGUGAUGCAUAGUUUGAACGUAGAAUUCUAAAAGAGAGCUCGUAGUUUUGGGAAGAUGUCUACCGGGAAGCCCAAAAAACAUCUCGGACCUGGCAUGCAGCAAAACCCAGGGCAGAGCACAACAUCUAAGAAGAGCAAUGCCACUCAUUCCAUGACCAGAAGCAAGUAUGGGGGUGGAACGCGGAACACAGUCUUCGGGAGCUCCAGAAGCAACCUGGUGUCUUCUGCCAGUCGAAAGAGUGUCGGAGUGGCAGCCAGCGAGAAGUCAGUCAAUGUAAAGAUACCUAUUCAGGUGGUUGAUGAGUCUGGGAAUGAUGUAACACCUAUCUCGCUUCUGCACCUCGACCCUAGUGUGGUCAAGAAAAAUCAGAGUAACCUUCUUGGUGACAGCUCAGGCGGAACACCCACCGACCUGUCACAGGCAUCACAGUCAAUCUAUGGGUUUGGUGGUACGAUAAACCAAAGUGCCUAUGGUGGAGGCCCCUUCACAAGGUCUGUAUUCAGCCAGUCCUAUGACACAGGGACAGAGUCGGUAGCUGAUGACGAACACGCUGAUCUGUCAGCACCAUGGGCAGAUAUCCGUCAUCGUCGAGAGGAGGUGAAAGAAAUACUGACAGAUAUGGACCUGGAGAAGAUGGUGGACCUGACACUGACGGAGACGGAGACAAUAUGGCUGCUAGACAUGCCAGCUGUGUGCAUCUCACUGGAGUCAGAUGAGGCCGAUCAGGUCAAGACGAGGAAUGAGAAGUACCAGGAGCUGGUGAAGAGUCGUGUUGGCAAUGACAGAUAUGCAGAGAGAGGCAUGAACACUUUCAACGAGCCGCCAAAGACCAAGAAUAUUCAGACAACGAAGAUUGUAUACAAUGAUGUGGGCAUCUUGUCAACAACUUGGGACAUGUAUGACACAUACGAGGCCAUAGAGAAAGAAGCAAGAGCCAAAGAGGAAGCUGAAGAAGAAGAGGAAGGGACAAUUAGUCGCCCCACAAGUCCCAAGACCACCGAUGAGCAGGGUGAGGGUGACCCCGCCCCAGUUUCAAGGGAGACUACUCUCGUCAGAGGGGGCAGUGCCCGGCCAGGUUCCAUCAUUGUGAGAUCAGUCGCAAGUCGACUGACAGAAAGUCGAGCAACUGUGGCCUCGUCUGUGGCUGGGUCAGAGAGUGUAUUUGCCAGCAGGGAGACGGGAGUAUCAUCCAUGCCGACUGAUACACAGGCUCAUGACGAGGAGAAGAUACUGAAGUCUGAGAACCUAAAGCGUGACCUAUUCAUGAUGGAAAGAAACCUCAACUUGAACUCAUACCAACCCAAACAAGCCCUCUAUAGAGGAUACGGCAUCAUCACAGAUAUAGAUCGAGAGGUCUCCAGUAUGACCCAAACCAGUGUGGCUGACAUGGGUCCAAACCUGGACCGUCUGUGGUCCUACUCCUGCCCACUGACCAAGGGUCGGAAUGUGUCCUGUAUGACUUGGAACAAACUCAACCCUGACCUAAUUGCAGUUGGAUAUGGUCAGUUUGAAUUUACAAACCAGAAAGGAGGUUAUAUUUGUGGAUGGUCGCUUAAAAAUCCAGAGUUCCCUGAGAGGGUAUUCACGUGCAAGGAUGGUGUGACAGCACUGGAUUUCUCUACAGCAAACCCUAACUUACUAGCGGUUGGAAUGUAUGAUGGUGGAGUGGCUAUCUACAAUGUCCGACACAUGAAAGAUGAACCAAUUGUGGAUAAUUUCGGGUCAUCGGGUAAACACACAGCGCCAGUCUGGCAGAUCAGGUGGAUUGAGAAGGAGCGAGGGUCCGGAGACGAGAGGGCAGAGGUCAUUGUGUCCAUCUCCACAGAUGGACGGGUCACACAGUGGUCAAUCAGGAAGGGUUUCGAAAACUAUGAUUUGAUGCGUUUGAAGAGAGUGACCACCAGAAUUGGAGGCAAGACAAGAGAGAAGAAAGGGGAAGCAUUUAUCUCCCGACAAGCUGGCGGACUCUGUUUUGACUUCCACUCAAGAGACACCAAUAUCUACCUUGCUGGUACAGAGGAGGGCCACAUACACAAGUGUUCCUGUUCCUAUAAUGAGCAGUACCUGGAGAGCUACUCCGGACAUACAAGCCCAGUGUACAAGAUCCAGUGGUCACCUUUCGUGCCAGACAUCUUCCUGAGUUGCAGUGCUGAUUGGAGCAUCAGACUGUGGCACCAGGACCAGCAGAAGCCAAUCCUCACCUUCCUCUCGUCUACAAAAGCUGUAAAUGACAUAUCAUGGUCUCCGAGGUCAUCCACAGUGUUUGCUUGUGUCAAUGAGGGUGCGGUGGAAGUGUGGGACCUCAAUGUCAGCACUUUAGACCCUGUGAUAAUCAACAACCCUACAACGGACACCAAACAAGUAUCUGUCACGUUUGCCAAAAACUCAGAGUGUAUUCUGGUGGGAGACAGCGAAGGCCAAGUGACAGUCUACCAGCUCAGGUGUAUGCCCAUGCCUCCAGUCGAUCAGGUUGCAGCUCUGAAUGGGGUAAUCAAGGCCUCUCUAGCCAGCCAGUUAGAUAAUGUAUCAAGCGCGCCACCCAAGGAAAGCAGCGAUGACUUCGAUCUGGGCAUCUGAAGACCUUUCAUCAGUAUUACUGUAUCACUCUUAAACACAAUCUAACCAUGGGGUACUCAGAGUACAGUAGUGGGCUGAACAUUUGCGAGAAACGAUAACUGAGCUCAUGUGAAUUCAUCACUACUUGCUAGUAACUACUAGUAAUUUUAAACUAUAUGACUUUGAAGAUUUGUCGUUCCUCCAUCUUGGUAUGAAGACUUUUACAGAUUGUCCAAGUCUCCUGAAGUCGUUUUUGUGCAUAAUGGUGUAAAUAACAAGCCAUGUUACCAUUCCAAUUGUUACCACCAAUAUGUUAAAAGGCAACAUAUGUGUUGAAUUAAAAUCAUUCUUUUUUCAAAAAGAUCCCAAAGUUUACUUUCAGUCCAGUGAAUGCCUAAUCAGUUUUAAAUGGUAUAUUUUUAAAGAUUAAAUGAGGUUUGAGUAACUUGUAAAAGCACUAGCUCUAUGGUAUAUGAUGAAUAAGCAUAAUGCACAGUUACUUAUUUUUGCUAGUAUAUGGACAAAGGGACAAAGCUGAGACACUGAACAUCAUAAUGUAAAAGAAUAAUAUACAAAAAUACCAACAUGUAAGUAGAAAAAUUUUAAUGGAAUUUUUAAAAUUAUUAUGUCUCGGUUUUUACCAUGACCACAAAAUAAAGCUUGUGUUUUAGUAUUGAUGAAACUAUUCACUGGAAACUGCAUCUUGGAGAUACUUAGUGAUGAAGCAAUAGAGAAUAUUGCCCUCCUAUAUAUGUUACAUAAAGAGAAUAAAUAAAGGUGAUACAUGAAAACAGUAUUGUAUUUAAAUCAGUAUCUGUCAGUCCAGAGAUGCUGAAGAUGUGUGUAAUCAGCUUCAUCAGAAACAAUCUUAAUGCACAUAUUGUUGAUGCUAAUGUGAGCUUUUGUCCUAUGAAGUUCUAUAAACUUAAAGCAUUGAAGUCUUCAGUUAAGAUGGGAGUGUGAUACUAAAGCAUACUAAUGCACCCCUUUCUUUUAUUUCUUAUUCAUGAUAUAAUUUUGUCAUUCGUCAUAGUAACUUACAGUGUUCAUAUUCAUUUUUAAUGAGACCGAGCUUCAUGAUAAUUUGAGGAGGAAAUUAAAGAAUCACAUGUACAUUGAGACUAUUUCAGGGUGUCUCGUGAAACAUUCCAUCCAUAUUUAUCUGUGAUACAAGUUUGUGCAGCAUGAGUUAUUUAAGUUCUUGUUAUUUAAUGACUUCUUGUUUUUCCAUCAUAUAUAUUACUUAUACAUUGUUCAAAGAAUGUUCUGUUUUAUGCAAUUCAAACUUUGCAUAAAAAUGAAUAAAUUUAAAAAGAA